AUGAUUCCAUUAAAAAGUUUAAUUUUCAUUAUUUGCCUUUCAAAUUUUUUUAAUUUUGUAAAAACUAAGACUGAUGCAAAAGUGGAUGCUACCUUAUCUGAGGCUUGGGGACCCGGCCUUUUUCCAACAGAAUUGGUUUUUCCAGCCCGAUAUUUUUUUGUAAAACUUCGGGAUACGUCUGGAAAUGAAAUUAGAACACCGCCUAAUGGAGAUUUAGAUGUUCAUAUUUCUGGUAAAAAUUCAUUGGGAAAUUGUAAAAUUUGGAGUAAUAUUUUGUCAAAAAAUGAUGGAUCUUAUAUUGUUCGAUAUAAACUAUUUAAUACAUGUGAUAAUUUAAAAAUUGAUUUAAGAUUUGACAAUCAGCCAAUAAAUGGUUUUCCAAAAGUUUAUAAUGAUGUAGUUUAUUCAGAUGAUUGUUACUGUCCACAGGAUUUAAAUAACUGGUUGAAAAAUAUGAAAUGCAAAAAAACCUACAAUCAAAUUGUAUCAGAUCUUGAAUCGUUUCCCAAAGUGAAAUUUAGUGAAGUUCUCUUAAAAGUUUUGGAAAAAUAUAGCAGUCAAAGAAGUAUAAGUUUAUGUCAUUAUGUUAUUAAAGAUAAUGAAAUAUACAGAAAGUGUUAUGGAGAAUAUGUUGAUUUUAAAAUUUUUGUUGAUGCACUAUUACUUUCUUUGACAAGAAAGAUUGAAUUACCAGAUUUUGAAUUCAUUGUCAAUUUGGGUGAUUGGCCAUUAGAAGAUAAUUCUCCAUCUCCUUUACCAAUAUUUUCUUGGUGCGGAUCCAAUUUUACAUCUGAUAUUAUAAUGCCUACAUAUGAUUUAACAGAAGCCACUUUGGAGUGUAUGGGCAGAGUUUCAAGAGACAUGUUGUCUGUACAAGGGAACACAGGAGCUUCCUGGAAUGAUAAAAUAAAUAAAGGAUUUUGGAGAGGAAGAGAUUCUAGUGUUGAAAGACUUAAUUUGAUAAAAUUAUCUAAAAAAUUUCCUGACUAUGUCAAUGCAAGUCUUACAAAUUUUUUUUUUUUUCAAGAUAAAGAGAAAGAAUAUGGUCCCAAAACAGAUCCUAUUCCUUUUUAUGAUUUUUUUCAGUACAAGUAUCAAAUCAAUGUUGACGGAACUGUAGCUGCAUACAGAUUUCCAUUUCUACUUGCUGGAGAUUCAGUUGUUCUUAAACAAAAUUCUCAAUAUUUUGAACAUUUUUAUAGAGAUUUAAUUCCUCACGUACAUUAUGUGCCAAUAAAAAAAGAUUUAUCUAAUUUAAUUGACGUAAUUAAAUGGUUACGAGAUAAUGAUGAACUCGCCCAAAAUAUUUCAAUUCAAGCUCAAAAAUUUGCUAAUGAAAAUUUAAUGCCAAAAGAUGUAUUGUGUUAUUAUGUCGUUUUGUUUAAGGAUUGGAGUUCCCGUUUGAUUGAAUCGCCCAAAAUUUUACAAGAUAUGGAACAUGUUGUCCAAAAUAAACCCGAAUUUCCAUGCACUUGUCGAAAAUUAAUAGCAAAAGAUGAGUUGUAA